UCUGUGGAGUUGCGAGAGAUGGGCCGAGAUGGCUACUCGGACAGUGAGCACUACCUCCCCACGGAAGGCCAGGCCCGGGCUGCCUCCAUGCCCCGCCUCCCCGCGGAGAACCAGAGGAGAAGGGGCCGGCCACGUGGGAAUAACCUCAGUACCAUCUCAGACACCAGCCCCAUGAAGCGCUCAGCCUCCGUGCUGGGCCCCAAGGCCCGGCGCCUGGACGACUACUCCCUGGAGAGGGUGCCGCCCGAGGAGAACCAGCGGCACCAUCAGCGGCGCCGGGACCGCGGCCACCGAGCCUCUGAGCGCUCCCUGGGCCGCUACACAGACGUGGACACAGGCUUGGGGACAGACCUGAGCAUGACCACCCAGUCCGGGGACCUGCCAUCUAAGGAGCGAGACCAGGAGCGGGGCCGGCCCAAGGACCGGAAGCAUCGGCAACACCAUCACCAUCACCACCACCACCACCCCCCACCCUCCGACAAGGAGCGCUAUGCCCAGGAGCGGCCUGACCAUGGCCGGGCCCGGGCCCGGGACCAACGCUGGUCCCGCUCUCCCAGCGAGGGCCGAGAACACAUGGCGCACCGGCAGGGCAGUAGUUCCGUAAGUGGAAGCCCAGCCCCCUCAACAUCUGGUACCAGCACUCCGCGGCGGGGACGCCGCCAGCUCCCCCAGACCCCCUCCACCCCCCGGCCACACGUGUCCUAUUCCCCCGUGAUCCGUAAGGCCGGCGGCUCGGGGCCCCCGCAGCAGCAGCAGCAGCAGCAGCAGCAGCAGACUCCCCGGGCCCCAGGCCCGGCCUGCGCCUCGCCUUCCCGGCACGGCCGGCGACUCCCCAACGGCUACUACCUGGCCCACGGACUGGCCAGGCCCCGCGGGCCGGGCUCCCGGAAAGGCCUGCACGAAGCCUACAGCGAGACCGACGACGACGACUGGUGCUAA